CUUUGAUACCACAAGAAGUAUCCUGCACGAGACAAAAUCCAAUCAGAUUAUCCCAACUCACAAUCAACAACCCUAAGAGGGCAUCUCAACAUGCCGCUAUUGAAUCUACCCAUAGAGAUUUUUGAGGAAGUCAUAGCGACGCUGGCAAACACAGUCGGCCGGGAAACUGUCGUACGUUAUCGACUCGUCUGCAAAACAUUCGCAAACACAAUCAAGGAUCAUACCGUUACAGUCGCUGCUGCCGGGAACCUUGCCAAAUUCCUGGAAAACCCCUUCUCCGCCCGUCUUUUCGACACGUAUCGGGUUGAGAUCCUUUACAAGGCUGCUAUGCGACGCCAAACAGCACCAAACCAAGUCACACACUUCAUACGGGCCAUGGUCAAAGCGUCCAAACCAGAUUCCACACUUUACCCAGCGCGGAUCAUGCUCGUAUGCACUAGCAUGAGGGCCCUGGAAUCAAAAGCCCUGUACGGUUACAUCAAGGGUACUGAGAAGGCCAACAAAGGAGGACGUCGAUAUAACCUCGCAGACAUGCUACCCGUUAUCGCUGCUGCAACGGGAAAUUUGAAGCUCUUCGAAGCGCCCCAUCUCACACCAGCUCUGCUCCUCGAACAGAGUCAUGAUCUUUUACCAAGUGCGCUCAAAGCCGCCAUCGUGGCGGAUCAGGAUGCCAUGCUUCGAAAGAUCCUUAAGUAUGUCGUUGACAACGUCAAGGGCAAACCCGACGCUAAGACGUGGAAGGAUAUGCGAAGUGCUGCUCGGCAGAUUGGCGAAGCUUUGUGCAUGGCUGUGCGUUUGCAUAAGAAUGUCGCAGCAAACACGCUGUUCGACUUCCGCGAUGCGAACGAGCCCUUCGCUAGAUCUAUGUCUUGGUUCUUUGGCGACCGGCUCCUCGACUGUGCUAUUGACAGCACUAACACUGCCGUAUUGUACCGCGUCUUGGGAGUCGACAACCCUGGAGUUGUAGCGCAUGUCAAGGGAGGAACUAAGACUCACUACCGUAUCGAUUCUGUGUCUAUGGAAAUGCUGUACAAAAGAGGUGGGAUUAAAAUCUGGAACAUGUUGCUGAAAGAUGGCGUCGUCGGACCAAACGAACUUUGCUUGGACAAAACCCCACUCCAACACGCUCUAAAGAGAAGGCGAUACGACAUUGCACGCAUUCUUAUCAAGAGUGGUGCAGUUGUCGACACUAUCACACCCGAUGGAAGCAAUGUCUUAUGGCAGGCGGCAAAAGAUGGCUUCGCGAAGGACGUCGAGUUCCUGCUUGAUCACGGCGCAGACCCCAAUUCUGUUGGAAAGGACGGCGAAUCUGCACUAGCGGCUGCGGGAUCAGGACGAUAUGGUAAGUGUCGUUUCUGGCUUAGGCAAGCCAUAGAUCAGAGGAAGGAGGCAUUGAAGCGUUCUGGCACAUUGGAGUCUCACGAAAACUAGGCUGGCUUUCGGUAUUGACUUCGUUGAUGUAGAUAACUCUCGGGUUGUCAAAGCAGUGAUGCUGGGCAUGACGUCAAUCUGGCAUUGAACGUGUCAGGGUCAAAAUUCAUUGUGAGAAAGACAAUGCGAAACGGAUACGAACACAUUCCAGUCUAGCGUAUUUGAGGUUCUAGUCGUCGGCUCCGUUGAUGUCCUUUGCGGAUGCCACAGCGAGUUUGGAUUUCUGAAUUUCAUCAACGACAGAAACAUUUAGAUAAAAGCAAUGGUAGCCUUCGAAUGCUC